CACAGGCCUCCGUGGAGCUGUCCGUGGUGCUGAAAUCUUCUGUGUGGGAGAGAGAGAGCGGGAGAGAGAGGGAGAGAGGGGGGGAAGGAGAGUAAGAGUGAGACAGAGAGCGGGAGCGAGAGAGAGCGGGAGCAGAGAGGAUGAGGUCUGCAGAGAGGAAGGUGAGCUCGCUCUUCGUCUCGUGAGCUGCAGCUCUUCCGCGUCGUCGUCGCUGGCGCCGGCGUCAUCGGCAUUUUUGGAAAAACCCAGAGCGGCGCCGACGGAGGGGAGGCACAGCGAGGAGGCAGAGGAGUCGGAGCGUGACAGAGCCGCCGGGAGCCAGGAGGAGCGGCAGGAGUGGGAGGAGCAGCAGGAGGAGAGACAGGAGCGGCAGGAGCGGCAGGAGCGGGAGGAGCAGCAGGAGCAGCAGGAGCGGGGCAGCAGGAGGAGAGGCAGGAGCGGGAGGAGCAGGAGGAGCAGCAGGAGGAGCAGGAGCGGGGCAGGAGGAGCAGCAGGAGGAGCAGGAGCGGGGCAGGAGGAGCAGCAGGAGGAGCAGCAGGAGCAGCAGGAGGAUGCGUUGUGUCCUGGCGGGACCGUCCCGCGCAGCGCUGCGCCUGUAAGGGGGGAACGUGUGCAGAUGAGGCGGGGGCCGCUGUCUGACGGGACAUCGUUCAGAGCCGUUUGGGGAAGGGGUCGCUCGGCCGUGGGACGGGGCCGUCCCGCGCCCCCCCGUCGGCCCGUGGCGCUCGGGGGACUCCCUGACACCAAGAUGGACCUCUGCCUCCGGGCCCUGCUGCCAAAUUCUCAGGACCCCACAACCCGCGCUCUCCCUCUCCGCGAACGCUCCCUGUCCCGCCACUGAGGGGUACCAGAGCCACCGCCCGGAGGAAUCCCGCCAUCGACCCCAACCCCCCGCCCCACCCGGGACCAGCCCCUUCUGAGAUUCCGUCCGGUCGCGUUGGGAGAACAAUGAGCUCUGAGCGGGAGCCCUUCUGCAGAUUUCUCCAGUAUGUCGAGGACAGCGGACUGAGAGCCUACGACGGUCUGGUCCUCCAGAACGCCUCGGACAUCGCCCGCGAGAGCGACCGCGUGAGGAAUGAGGCCAACUGGGCGUACCUGCAGGAGAAGAACCUGAAGAAGAGGAAACAGGAAGAAGCCAUAAAAAGGAUCGGCGAGGACGUUGCCAGGGGGACGGACGGCACGUAUCCAGGGAAACACUUCCGCAUGGGCUUCAUGACGAUGCCCGCCCCCCAGGACCGGCUGCCCCACCCCUGCGGGACGGGCUUCUCCGUGCGCUCGCAGUCCCUGCACUCCGUCGGGGGCGGGGACGAGGACAGCAGCCCCACCUCCCGAAAGCAGCCCCCCCCGAAGCCCCGGAGGGACCCCAGCACCAAGCUGAGCGUCUCCUCGGAGACGGUGUACCCCGGGUCCGGCACGGGCCUCGGCACGGGCCGGCCGGGGAAAGAGCUGGACAAGUGUGACGGGUCCAGGCCCAGCAACGAGGACCUCCGCCGGGUCCCUCCCCCCAAACCCAAGCGCAACCCCAACACCCAGCUGAGCACGUCCUUCGACGAGUCCUACAUCCGUAACCACGCCUCCUCCUGCUGCUGGGCCCCCCGGCGGGACACGCCCCCGCCGCUGGCGCCGAGCCCCGCCCUGGACGCGGGCGCGGACGAGCCCGUCUACAUCGAGAUGGUGGGCAGCACCCUGCGGGACCCCCCGCGGGACGGGGAGGAGCCGGGCGAGGCCGUGUACGAGGAGAUGAAGUACCCCUCCUUCGACGACCCCGCCCACGACGGCCUCCGCUGGGACCCGGCGGGCUGCUGCCCCUCCCAGUGCUCCACCCCCGUCGUCCCGGACGCCGCCGAAGCGGGACGGGCGGCCACGCCCAGGGGCUCGCUGUGCGAGAUCCCCUCCCCCUUCCCCAACCUGCUUUCCCACCGCCCCCCGCUGCUGGUGUUCCCCCCCUCCCCGGCCCAGUGCUCCCCAAACUCGGACGAGUCGCCCCUCACCCCCCUGGACGUCACCAAGCUGCCCGUGCUGGAGAACGUGGCCUACGUCAAGGCCGGGGCGUCGCCCACGUCCGGGGGCGGGGAGCCCCAGAGCUCCGCCCUCUCCUCGUCCUCCUCCUCUUCCUCGUCGUCCCACCGCAAGGCGGAGCGGGAGCUGCCGCCCACGCACACCAUCACGGCGUCGGGCCGCUCCUCGGCCCCGCCCCUCCCCUCCACGCUGUACAAGGCGGCGGCGGCGGCGCACGGCUACCCGCGCAGCCACUCGGCCUGCCCCUCCCCCGUCAGCGUGGGCCGCGCCCUCACGCCGCUCAGCCUGAAGAGGCCGCCGCCGCCCUACGACGCCCUGGCGCCGGCGCCGCCCGCCGCGGGGGGGAUCCCGCGCAGCGCCUCCGCCGUGCCCCACUCGGCCAAGGGCUCCGCCCCGCUGGCGGACGCCGCCGCCGCCUCCCGCCUCUCGGGCUCGGUGCAGAACGUGUCGCGCUCGCGCACGCCCACCAGCCCGCUGGACGAGCUCACCAGCCUCUUCACCACCGGCCGCAACAUGCUGAAGAAGUCCUCCGGCGGCAGGAAGUCCAAGGAGCCCGCCGAGAGUGAGGCCAAGAGCCGGUGUCACAGCGCCGAGCCAAUCCCGAGACGAGACAGCAAGGACAAAGGAAGUCACAUCAGCGAACACAGGCGAGACAGCAAGGACAAAGGAAGUCACAUCAGCGAACACAGGCGAGACAGCAAGGACAAAGGAAGUCACAUCAGCGAACACAGGCGAGACAGCAAGGACAAAGGAAGUCACAUCAGCGAACACAGGCGAGACAGCAAGGACAAAGGAAGUCACAUCAGCGAACACAGGCGAGACAGCAAAGACAAAGGAAGUCACAUCAGCGAACACAGGCGAGACAGUAAAGACAAAGGAAGUUACAGCGUCGAACACAGGCGGGACAGCAAAGACAAAGGAAGUUACAGCGUCGAACACAGGCGAGACAGUAAAGACAAAGGAAGUUACAGCGUCGAACACAGGCGAGACAGCAAAGACAAAGGAAGUUACAGCGUCGAACACAGGCGGGACAGUAAAGACAAAGGAAGUCACAUCAGCGAACACAGGCGAGACAGUAAGGACAAAGGAAGUUACAGCGUCGAACACAGGCGGGACAGCAAGGACAAAGGAAGUUGCAAUGGAGAGUACAGGCGAGACAGCAAAGACAGAGGGACCAAUCACGUGGGAGGACUGGAGUUCGCCAAGGGGCACGAAGCAGACGAGUUGCCCGUGCAACAGGCGGUGGCCACGCCCACCCACCUCGUCCACUCCUCCCUCAGCCCCAGUCCGCCUCUCAGGAGUAGCUGCUCUGCAGAACUGAAGCCUGCGUCUAAGCUGGGCCGGUCAGUGUCCACGUCCGGCGGGACCCCCCCCAUGGGGACCCCCCAGCGACACGUCCCAGACUUGCAGCAGACCCAGCAGGUGGCGCUGGUGCCGUGGGCCUGCGGGGACAGCACGAUGAUGGAGACCAUAGAGAAGAAGCGCAGCCUGUGCCGGGAGAUUCGGGCGCGGAGGGGGGCGGAGCGGGGCCUGUGCAAGCAGGAGAGCAUGCCCGUCCUGCCCAGCUGGAGAAAGAGCAACGGCCCCAAGAAGCACAGCCCGCCCCCCUACUCCACCCACACCACCGUCUUCUGGGACACUGCCAUCUGAUUGGCUCUCGCGUUCACUGCCACACGCACACACCCCACCCCCACCCAACUCUACAAGUGCUGGGAGCCAAUCAGAGAGGCCGGGGCGAAGAAGACUGCGGUGGGUGGCCCAAUGUAGCAAAUAAAUGAGUCUGAGGGUUUCAGAUCAUCGAUGUUUCUAAUCGCUAUUUAUAUUUCAUAUUUUUCUAUUUGAUCUGAUUCUAUAUAAUCUGCUUAGUAUUAUUAGAUAUUUUCUAAACGAAAACUGAAUAAACAAAAAUGAAACGGA